UCUGGAUUUAUCUCUGCUGUUGUCUGAUGCUUACUCAGAAAUGAGCCAUUUUACCUGUGUAAAUCCAUGCUUCUUGGUGGCUAUGUGUAUUCAAAUUCACUUGAAAAUAUAAUAGAUUGUUUUUAACUUUGCAGUAACAUUUUUCUAUGGUUAUGGUUCCCUUUUAUUAUAAUAUGGUAAGGCCCCUUCCCAAGGUUCCAGACAGUCUUAUAAAAGUAACAGUAAAUGGGCAAAGCAGCUCAGAACCAAUUCCCCUGAAUGUUGGAUACUUCUGUGGAGAUCUCAGUCUGUUCAGCAGAUGGUGCUAUUUCACAGGUAUGAUAGUUUAUCCCAAAUAUGAAUCUGAUGUCACAUAAUCUGUCCUUGUGACCAGAUAAAAUGUAAAAAUCACUCACCAGAAUACAUAAAUCUUCACAAAUGUCCUUUUUACGCCUCAAUUAAAGAUUCAUUUCAUUGUAAAGGGUUUUGUUUUUUUAUUUAUGUUUAUUGUUUAUGUUUAUUCGACUUACAAUUUAUAACCUAUAGGGCAUGUUGUGAAGACAGAGCACACACACACACACACACACACACACACACACACAAAGACAAGUAAUGUGUAUAUAGUUAUAUAUCGAAAGUCGACCCACUUAGCGCCUGUCCCCUGGGAAUCAGCUGGAAGGUCCCAGAACUGGAGCUGGACAGGAAGGUGUCUGAGGCUCUGGUUCAGUGUUUGUUUCAUUAUCGAGGUAAAACUCAGCAUUUCAGCUCCUCACAAGCAGAUUUAUUAUGUAAACUUCAAGUAGAAAAUGUCAUUUUCUGCCCCAAACAAAGACAAAAAUGCACAUUUUAAAGAAGGAAUGAACUCAUGAGACUGUGAAAACAUCCCCAAGCAGCAGAGAAUAAAGUCAUUACCUUUUCUUUGAUUAUUUAAGCAUUGAGUCAAAAGCUUGGAUAACAUUAUUUAUAUUUGAUGCACUCUGUCACUCAACAGGAUGAAACUGUAGAUAAGGAUCACAUUGCUUUAGUGAAAGGGAUAUCACUUAAACCAAACUUGUUUCAGUGAACGUAGCUCUAGAUUUACUUGUCAAAUUCAUCUCCAGAAACCAUUUGUACCAUACCACCUUUAUUUAUAUAGCACUUUAAAACGCAGCCAUACGGCUGACCAAAGUGCUGAACAGUCACACAAUAAAAACAUAAAACAGUACUAUAAAAUACAGCCAACAAUAAAAAAAAGACAAGCCGAUAAAAAAGUACCAAUAAAACCUUACAAUGGAAGAUAAAAUAAAAGUAGUAAAAGCCAAACUAACAGCUAACUAUUAAAAGCAAGGGUAAAAUAGUGUGUCUUUAGUCUAGACUUAAAAUCUCCCAAGGUGGAUGCCAGUCGAACUGUGACUGGAAGUUCGUUCCACAGUUUAGGACCCGCAACAGAGAAAGCUCUUUGUCCACAUGAUUUGUAACACGCUUCCGGGACCUCGAGGAGCAACAGGCUGGAGGACCUGAGUGUGCGACCGGGAGUAUAAAUUGAAAGAAGGAUGUGCCAUCGUGACGGCUCUGUCAGAAGUCGGGUCUCACUGUCUGGACUGUCCACACAAACCCACCAGGGAGCCGGAUCCAAAGGAAGUAACAGAGACUGGCUGGUAUAAGGAGAAAUUUGAAAGAUCUGGAUAUCUGGGGAUAGAAACCAAGCAUGUUUGUAAGAUACACAGCUGGGAGAUAAGGCUCCAAUCAGUAGAAGAAGAAGAAGAGAAUGUGGAGAAGCUGUGUGCCUCGGCUGAAGAGCAUCUCAAACUCUACAGGAAACACCUGAUGAAAGCAGGAGUCGGAUUGCAGCAGGAGGAUGUGGAGUCUCCUCUGCAUCGCCUGGAACAGGCUGCUGGCUGUUAUGCGUCAGCUAUCAGACUCAGCUUCACAAAUGCCAGACUUCACUUUCUGCUCGCUCUGGUUUUAGAGGAGCUACACCAUGCUACGGAGAUUCAUGGCCUCCAGGAAAAGGGCUGCGCAGUGAUGCAGUGGUUAGAGCUGUUGCCUUGCAGCAAGAAGGUCCUGGGUUCGCGUCCCAGCCUGGGAUCUUUCUGCAUGGAGUUUGCAUGUUCUCCCUGUGCAUGCAUGGAUAAGGAGUAUCAGCAGCUCAAAGAGCAAGGACAGUCCAGUAAUGCUGAUUAUGUUCAGACGCUCUACGUCUGGCUCUCAAAGAAAACCGGCAAGGGUAGCAACGCGGUGAUGCGGGAUGAGGAGAGCUACAUGUACCGGGCCUUCACAAAGUACCUGGAUGCCUGGUCUCUGAAUCCAGACAGCUGGGAGUUCAACCUCCAUGUUUGGAGGCUUCUGUUGCUUCAGGGAAGGAGAGAGAGGCUCUGCAGCUCCUUCAGAGUGGACUGGCUCUAUGCCCUCUGCACCCUGCUCUCAGAUUCUUCACAGGGCUGGCUCUGCUGCAGCAGGAGCAGGAUGCAUCUGAGGCCACGGAGAAAGAGGCUGCACAAUUCUUACAUCAGGGGCUGGAGCACUUUGUCAGCCAGCGCUGCAGUAAGAGCUGGGUGGAGCAGGAGUCAUCAGAUCCUCUGUCCAUCUACAAUGCUCAGUUCCUGCGUGGCCUUCUCACCCUCGGCCAGUUGCAACUGAAAAACCUUCUGCCUGAGAAGGCCAUGAGGGCUGGACAGGUGUCCCACAUGUACGUGAUGAUCUGAGUCAGUUAGAAACACACAAAUGCACUCUAAAUAUCUGAAAGCUGCAUGAAAAGUGUUUUUUUCUUAUCUGUCCUGGAAAACUAAAGUGUAGCCGCUCUGGCCGCCCGGAGUGUGAGUCAACGUGUGAGACGAAGCGAGGCGAGCAGGCAGCUGGAGUGGGUGCUGCUGGAUGCUCAUUUGGCCCUGCUGCAGAGACUGAUCCAGCAGGGUGAGAACGGGGCUAAAGCUGGCAGCAACAUGCAGUCCCUGGUGGCCAAGAGGUGCCAGGCCCUGUUAGCUCUCAUCCGCCUCACCACCUUCGCCU